AUGAGAGUGCAAAACCUGCGAUUGUUGGCGCUGGCAGUGUUCAGCUUCGCUGUUACGUGCGUGCGAGGCCUGGAACUCAUCGACUCGUCUCUAGCAUCUGCAUGCAUCUACUACGAAAAGACAUUUGACUGGGGAUGUCACUCCCACGGGAACGGCGCUGCGGCAUACCGUUGUCGGUGCGGCAACGUGAACUGGCUCGGCACCAUCACCAAUUGUAUCGCAAACAACACCAAGAGCCUGCGGCUCAGGAACCACGGGUUCCGGCACGUUGCGCGGAGGUGCUACGAGAAAGGGGAUUUCAACUACACUCUGGCGGACAUGCAGCGCUUCUACGCUAACGGCACAGGGUACCUCAGAGACCCCACCACAGCGGACCUGUCUAGCCCGGUUUUCACCACGCUUCGCGUGAACCAGACGGAGUUCGACUGGUACUACAAGAAGAUGAAAGACCUGACGUUCUCUGUGCAGCGCAGUCAGUGGUUCGGGUGGGGCCUGGUGUUUUUCUGGGCGACCAUCAUUGCCGUUACCACGUUGUUCAAUUUCAACGAAAAGUUUGUGGGGCUGAAGCUCACCGACAACUGGUUGGCUAGGUCGCUCAUGAUCCCCUCUCUCUUUGAAAACAUGACACAGAGAUACCCCCGCCUGAGAGCCAUCUCCCCGGGGCCGCACCCAAACCGCCUGCAGGCCUUGGUCGUGACCGCCUUUGUGAUCCAAACCAUAAUAACGGUGGGCGUGGGCUACGAAAUGAAACUGCCUCAUCCAUACUUGACGACCAGGUGGUUCAUGAACUUGGACCUGGUUAGUUAUCGGGUGGACCUGAUGGCUCUUUCGCUUUUCCCCGUAAUCUACUUCUUCGGUAUCCGCAACAACCCCUUCAUUCCGCUGACUGGUAUGUCAUAUACCACAUUUUCUUACUUCCACAAGUGGUGUGCCUAUGUUUGCGUGGUUCUCGCAUUUAUUCACUCUAUUAUAUGGACAGUUUAUGCUAGACACGACGGUGGUUAUAAGAUGUGGGCAAUGGACUCUUACUGGCAGUAUGGCAUAGCCGCGAUGACUUUGAUGGCCCUUCUGGUCUUCCACAGCUUCAAGCUGCUAAGAGACAAAAUCUAUGAGGUGUUCCUGUUUUUCCACCAAAUGAUGAAUAUCUUUUUCAUUGUGUGCAUGUACUACCACCUUAACAAGUUGGGCUGGCUCGGAUGGGUUUGGUCCAUGGCUGGUAUCCUGUGUUUCGACCGAGCAGCCAGAAUCGUCCGCAUUAUUUUAAGCGGUGGAUUGCAGAAGUCUACUCUCACUGACUGUGGGAGCGGAGUUAUUAAAUUGACAGUAAUGAACCCCAGAUUCCUAACCUAUAGACCCGGCUCUUAUGCAUUCAUCUAUUUCAUGAGCCCACAGGAUCCUUGGUACUAUCCAUGGCAAUCGCACCCUUUCACGGUGUUGAGUACUGCAAAAGGAAAGGGCAUACACGGAAACGAGAUGGCAGUGUACUUCAAAGCUCAGAAAGGUGUUACCGGGCACAUGCUCUAUAAGCUUCUCAGAAGUGGCGAGGAAUCCAUAAACAUAAGAGUCAUGGUUGAGGGCCCUUACGGUGACACCUUGCCUCAGAUCGCCAAAGUGAAUAGGAGAAUUGUUGGUGUCGCUGCUGGGUUGGGUGUGACAGCCGUUUACGCUCAAAUUCUCCACCUGUUAGAAGCACAGGUACCCGAAAUGGGCUGCAAGUUGUAUUGGGCUGUUAAUGACCUAAGCCAUGUUUCGUGGUUUGAGGAAGAAUUGAAAUGGCUUCUUUCCCAGAAGUGUCAAAUCACCAUUUUGUGCACUUCACCAAAAGAACUCGAAGAGACAGGUUCCUCAUUUAACACAGACAAUAAGCUAUUAGAAAUUCUGGAUGUGCGCAGCUUAUUUGCUAGGCCUGAUUUGAGAGCUUUGGUUUCAGAAGAGGUCAAAGAAGCUUCAGAUCAAUCUAAAGAUCUAACUUUCAUCAGCUGUGGUCCUUCUACAUUCAACAUAGAUUUCAGAGCAUCGGUAUCGAACACGCUUCGCCAAAAGCAGAGCAUCGAUGUUGCUCUCAAAGAAGAAAGCUUCGUCUGGUGA